AAAAUGACAAUAAAAAUGAAAUUGGUCUUAUUUUUCGUGCCCCAUAUUCUAGCCACAAUUGAUUUAAAUUUCGCCGAAUUGGAAUACCUGGCGAGCCAUCUGCUCCCCGAAGAGUGUCGCCGCCUGGUGGCGGCCGCCCACUUUAAAGCUUACAUGAUGCCCAACGCCGUAGGGCAAGCAGCACAAGCCAUCCCGAAGGACGUCCCGUGCAUCCAGCUCCUCCUCCACUGGAACUCCGCCGACGGUGAAGGCCGGGGCGAAACCCACGAGGUUCUUGAGCACCGGUUGCGCCAAAUGGGUAAAUACGAGCUCGCCGAUUGGCUCGGAAGAACAGUAUUCCACCAAUUAGGCGAAGACUUGCAGAAAAGCUUGCACGCCGGAUUGGGGGAGCUCGCAAACGAAACCUCAACAACCCCUCGAAACAUUUCAGUGCCUACGUUAUCGCCUACAAUUGAGUACGAAGACCCCAGAGAGUGGCUACCGUUCGACACGAUUUGUCUAGCGGUUCUUGGGGGCCUCGUCGUCCUAACAAUCAGCGUUUGCAUCUACGUGACGUGCGUUAGUUGUUGCCGCCGGUUGAAAAAGCCAAAAAAACGUGUUUUAGGAAAGUCAGAGUACUACGAGAUGGUCGAAGACGCUUCGAACUCAGAGUCCGAAGACAAGUUUGACAUUCGCCAACACGAAACAACAAUGUAGGGUCAAAAACACCAACUGCGUUUACAUUAACGUUUAUAUUA